GUACCUGAGGUGUUACUACUGGGCGGUUCGUACUUUAAUCACCAUCGGUGGUCUUCCAGAACCACAAACUCUGUUUGAGAUAGUUUUUCAACUCCUGAAUUUUUUCUUGGGUGUCUUUGUCUUCUCCAGCUUAAUUGGUCAGAUGAGAGAUGUAAUUGGAGCAGCUACAGCAGGACAGAACUACUACCGUUCCUGUAUGGACAACACUGUCUCCUAUAUGAACACUUAUUCUAUUCCAAAAGUGGUCCAAAAUCGUGUUCGAACCUGGUACGAAUACACAUGGGACUCGCAGGGAAUGCUGGAUGAAUCAGAAUUACUGGAGCAGAUGCCAACCAAAAUGCAAUUAGCCAUUGCAAUUGAUGUGAACUUUGCCAUUGUCAAUAAAGUUGACUUAUUCAAAGGGUGCGAUACUCAGAUGAUAUAUGACAUGCUGCUGAGGUUGAAAUCCAUUGUGUAUUUACCUGGUGACUUUGUCUGCAAAAAGGGAGAGAUUGGCAGAGAGAUGUACAUCAUCAAACAGGGGGAAGUUCAAGUCCUUGGAGGCCCUGAUGGCACAAAAGUCCUGGUUACACUAAGAGCAGGAGCUGUCUUUGGGGAGAUCAGCCUAUUAGCUGCAGGUGGAGGAAAUCGAAGGACAGCCAAUGUGGUGGCUCAUGGUUUUGCCAACCUUUUCAUUCUGGACAAGAAAACACUUAAUGAAAUCUUGGUGCACUAUCCUGACUCAGAAAAACUCCUCAUGAAGAAAGCAAAGGUGCUGCUGAAGGAGAAGGGGAAACCUCCUCCAGGACCACCAGUGCAACAACCACGAGGCUUGGCCAGUCUUUUUGGGCAGAAACAGGAAACUCCAAAACUGUUUAAAGCGAUGCUUGGAGGAAAAGGAAAAGAAGGCCUCGCUAGGCUGCUGCAGCUGAAGAGAGCAGAAGACACUCAGGAACCUCAAGCAGAGAAAAAGCCUGAACAAGAGGAGAAGAAACCUGUAGAGCCCACGGCCUCAUCUGCACCCCCUGCACAAAAGGAAGAGCUGAAUGCAGAUGAUAAGCCUAAACCUCCAGUUUUACACAGAAGAACCACUAACGAGUCUCUGGUCAUUAGUAUGUCUCCAUCCCCCAGAGCAGGAGAAGGAGAGAUCCUUACAGUUGAAGUUAAAGAGAAAAAAAAUAAAUAG